AUGCCAGGUGAACGUCUAUUGAAUGUUCUAUGUGCGGUAUGUGGCGAUCGAUCAUCUGGAAAACAUUAUGGCAUCUACAGUUGUGAUGGCUGUUCAGGUUUUUUCAAGCGAAGUAUUCAUCGCCAUCGUCAUUAUGUAUGCAAAGCUCAAGGCGAACUAAAAGACAAAUGUCCGGUGGAUAAAACUCACCGAAACCAAUGUCGAUCUUGUCGGUUGGCUCGUUGCUUUCUAGUCAAUAUGAAUAAAGACGCGGUACAACAUGAGCGUGGGCCACGAAAAGCCAAACCAAAGAUACUCAGUGUUUCAAGUAUGAUUCUACCCAAUUCAACGGUAUCAAGUGGACCGCCUAUUGCUUGUUCAUCAUCACCCAUUAUGGCUAGUAUGUCUAACGUAUCACUUGCUAAUCAAUUCAAUCGAAAAUUGUCUAAACACUCAUUACUACCACAAUCACAGUUGACAUGUUUGCCCGCAACAGAAAACUACAGCUCAUUUUCAACUAUCAUUAAUCAAACAACACUCUAUGAGGCAGCAGCGCGUCUUUUAUUCACAAUGACAAGUUGGUUACAAACAGUUCCAUCAUUCAAAAUUCUUCCUACUGAAGAUCAACAUACACUCUUAGAAGAUAAUUGGCACUAUCUUCUGAUUAUAAAUUUCAGUCAGUGGAUGGUGCCCAUAAUGGCAAUUCAAUUGACCAAUAGUGCACUGAAUCAAAGCGAUCAACUCGAAGUGCAACGUAUCUGCGAUUGUAUUUACAAGCUACGUUCGCUUGGAUUGGAUUUGUAUGAAUAUACCUAUAUCAAAACUCUUUCGCUUUAUCAAAGUGCAACGAAACCAUUGAUUAAUCAAAGUCAUAUUAACGCUUGUCAAGAACAUGUUCUUUUUCUAUUACGUACAAGUUUGAUGUCACAUUCGGCAUCGACCUAUUCAGUCAAAUUCACUCAAUUAAUUGGAAUUAUUCAAACAAUGAAUCAUAUUCCAGCGCAUGCUGUUCAACGCAUCUUUUUCCCGAGUAUAACUUAUAAUAUUCCAGUUGGUAAAGUUCUUUGCGAACUAUACCGUUCUAAAACUAAUGAAAUAAAUUCAUAA